AUGGCUGCCGACGACGUGUCUGACAAGGCACACGAGGCCGCGGCCAGCAGCGCCUCCGAGAAGGCCAACGAUGCGCCCGCACCCGCAGGUGCACCGGCUUCCAAGGCCGCCUCGAGCCAUGCCGACGAGUCGUCUGACGAGAAGCGCGCUCCCGCCAAGGCGUCCGGCCAGGCCAGCCCUCUAGAUCUCGAAAAAGCCGACUCCCGCGUCGUCAAAGUCCCGGAUCCGGCCGAGAAUGUCGACCUAUACGCCCAUCUGCCCGCCGACGAGGCCGCCAUCCUCCGCCUCCAGGUUGACACCGCCACCGUCAAGGUCGGCUUCGGCACUCUCUACCGCUACUCCACCCGCGUGGACAUUGCCAUCCUGAUCGUGUCUGCCAUCUGUGCCAUUGCCUCGGGUGCUGCGCUGCCCCUCAUGACGGUCAUCUUUGGUAACCUACAGGGCAGCUUCCAGGGCUUCUUCAACGGCCAGGUCGGCCGGGAGGCCUUCAUGAGCAAACUGUCCCAUCUCGUGCUCUACUUCGUCUACCUGGCCAUCGGCGAGUUCGUCACCACCUACAUCUCCACCGUCGGCUUCAUCUAUACUGGCGAACACAUCAGCGGCAAAAUUCGCGAGCACUACCUCGACAGCUGCAUGCGCCAGAACAUUGGCUUCUUCGACAAGCUCGGCGCUGGUGAGGUCACCACCCGCAUCACCGCCGACACCAACUUGAUCCAGGAGGGUAUCUCCGAAAAGGUCGGCUUGACACUGUCUGCCAUGGCCACCUUUGUCACAGCGUUCGUCAUUGGCUUCGUGGAGUACUGGAAGAUGACGCUGAUCCUCGUGUCUACGCUCGUGGCUCUUGUUCUUGUCAUGGGCGGUGGCUCGCGCUUCAUUGUCAAGUACGGCAAGGAGUCCGUUAACGCCUAUGCCGAGGGCGGCAGCGUCGCCGAGGAAGUCCUGAGCUCCAUCCGCAAUUGUGUCGCCUUUGGCACCCAGGACCGUCUUGCCAAGCAGUACGACAUCUACCUGACUCGUGCCGAGAAGGCCGGUUUCCGUGUCAAGUCCAGCUUGGGCAUGCUCAUUGCCGGCAUGAUGCUGGUUCUGUACCUCAACUACGGCCUGGCCUUCUACGUCGGCUCCAACUUCUUGCUCGACGGCACCAUCCCCCUGUCCAAGGUCCUGAUCAUCAUGAUGGCUGUUAUGAUCGGUGCCUUCAACCUCGGCAACGUCGCGCCCAACCUGCAGGCUUUCACCACAGGCCUGGCUGCCGCCGCCAAGAUCUACAACACAAUCGACCGCAUCUCGUGCCUGGAUCCCUCGUCCGACGAAGGCGACAAGAUUGAAAACCUUCAGGGCACAAUUCGCUUGGACCACGUCAAGCACAUUUAUCCGUCACGUCCCGAGGUCGUUGUAAUGGAGGACAUCUCACUCGUUAUUCCCGCUGGCAAGACCACCGCGCUCGUCGGUGCUUCUGGCUCAGGCAAGUCGACCAUUGUUGGCCUGGUUGAGCGUUUCUACAACCCUGUUCAGGGUACUGUGUACCUCGACGACCACGACAUCAGCAAACUGAACCUUCGCUGGCUGCGCCAGAACAUUGCUCUGGUGCAGCAGGAACCCGUUCUGUUCGGCACCACAAUUUUCAACAACAUCGCCCACGGUCUGAUUGGCAGCAAGCAUGAGCACGUCAGCGACGAGGAGAAACGUGAGCUCAUCAUUGGCGCCGCCAAGAAGGCCAAUGCCCACGACUUUGUCACAGCCCUGCCAGAGGGAUACGAGACAAACGUCGGCGAGCGCGGUUUCCUGCUCUCUGGUGGCCAGAAACAGCGUAUUGCCAUUGCCCGUGCUAUCGUCUCAGAUCCCAAGAUCUUGCUGCUGGACGAGGCCACCUCUGCUCUCGAUACCCGCUCUGAAGGUGUCGUCCAGGCGGCCUUGGACGUCGCCUCCGAGGGUCGCACCACCAUCACCAUUGCCCACCGUCUCAGCACCAUCAAGGAUGCCCACAACAUUGUCGUCAUGUCUCAAGGCCGCAUCGUCGAGCAGGGUACGCACAACGAGCUGAUUGAAGCUCGUGGUGCGUACUUCAACCUGGUCAGCGCGCAGAGCAUUGAGGUCGUCAACGACGUCAAGUCUGAGGACGACGAAGCCAUCGACGCCGAGAUGGAUGCCCACCUUAUCCGCACGAUCUCGUCUGCCAACAAGGAUGGUGCUGCCAAUGCCUCUGCGUCCUCUUCUGGUCCCGCGGCUGACGCUGCGUCUGGCAAAGAUGUCGAGGCUGGCUACCUGGCCGAUCCUGAUGACAACAUCAAGGAAAAGUUACAGCGCUCGAGCACCCGCAAGUCCGUUUCCAGCAUUGCCGCCCAGGCGCGCAAGUCUGAGGAGGCAGAGACCAAAUAUGGACUCGGUACUCUCAUCAAGCUGAUUGCCUCGUUUAACAAACAUGAGUGGAAGCUCAUGCUCGUUGCCCUGUUAUUCUCCAUCAUAUGCGGUGGCGGCAAUCCAACCCAAUCCGUCUUCUUCGCCAAGGAAAUCAGCACGCUCUCUGUCAUCAUCACCCCCGCCAACCGGGACCAGGUGGCCCACGAUGCCCGCUUCUGGUGUCUCAUGUUCCUGAUGCUUGCCAUUGUCAUCUUUAUUGCCUACAGUGUGCAAGGUAUCAUCUUCGCCCGGUGCUCUGAGAGACUAGUUCACCGCGCCCGCGACCGUGCCUUCCGCACCAUGCUUCGCCAGGACAUUGCCUUCUUUGACAAGGACGAGAACACCUCGGGUGCUUUGACGUCGUUCCUGUCUACCGAGGUCACGCACGUUGCUGGUCUCAGCGGUGCCACACUCGGCACCAUUCUUUCGGUGACGACCACGCUGGUUGCCGCCCUGACUGUAUCCAUCAUUAUUGGAUGGAAGCUUGCGCUCGUCUGUACCGCCACCAUUCCCCUGCUGCUCGGAUGCGGUUUCUUCCGCUUCUGGAUGCUUGCCCACUACCGCGAGCGUGCCAAGAAGGCCUACGAGAGCUCGGCCAGCUAUGCCUCGGAGGCCAUCACGGCCAUCCGCACCGUCGCCUCCCUGACCCGCGAGGAGGAUGUCCUCCUCCACUACCGUGAGAACCUCGCUGAUCAGCUGAAGUCGUCGACCCGCUCGAUUCUCAAAUCGUCGUCGCUCUAUGCGGCAUCGCAGUCUUUGACUUUCCUCGUUCUUGCCCUCGGUUUCUGGUAUGGCGGUAAGCUGCUCUCCGAAGGCGAGUACACCAUGUUCAGCUUCUUCCUCGUUUUCCAGUCCGUCAUAUUCGGCGCUCAGUCUGCCGGUACGGUCUUCUCCUUCGCCCCCGACAUGGGCAAGGCGAAGCAUGCCAGUGCCGAACUUUUGAAACUAUUCGACAACAAGGUUGUCAUUGACUCGUGGUCUGAGUCGGGUGCACCCGUCACGUCCCAUGAGCACAUUGAGUUCCGUGACGUCCAUUUCCGCUAUCCGACUCGCCUGGAGCAGCCCGUUCUGCGUGGCCUGGACCUGAGCAUAGAGCCUGGCCAAUACAUUGCCCUGGUCGGUGCCUCUGGUUGUGGAAAGUCCACCACGAUUGCACUGCUAGAGCGUUUCUACGACCCGCUUGCCGGCGGCAUCUACCUCGACGGCAAGGAGAUCAGCACCCUGAAUGUCAACGAGUACCGCAAGGGUAUUGCGCUGGUGUCACAGGAACCGACUCUGUACAUGGGUACCAUCAAGGAGAACAUCCUGCUCGGUGCCAUUGAUGAUAAGCAAGUGUCGGAUGCCGACGUCGAGUUUGCGUGCCGCGAAGCCAACAUCUACGACUUUAUCAUGAGCUUGCCAGACGGGUUCAACACCCUGGUCGGUAGCAAGGGUACCCUGUUGAGUGGUGGUCAGAAGCAGCGCAUCGCCAUUGCGCGUGCCCUGAUCCGUGAUCCCAAGAUCCUUCUCCUCGACGAAGCCACAUCCGCACUCGACAGCGAGAGUGAAAAGGUUGUGCAGGCUGCUCUGGACAAGGCCGCCAAGGGCCGCACGACCAUUGCCGUCGCCCAUCGUCUGUCUACAAUCCAGAAGGCCGACAUCAUCUACGUGUUCGACCAGGGCCGCAUUGUCGAGAAGGGCACCCACACCGAGCUGAUGCACCGCAACGGUCGGUACGCCGAGCUCGUCAACCUCCAAAGCCUAGGCAAGAACCACUGA